UUGCCAGAAUCAGCUGAGUUUGGGCCACUCUGUCACACGGGUUUGGGCCACUCUGUCACACGGGAGAAGAGUUGAAAACUAUUUCUCUGGUUGUUUCUGUUUGUUUUUGUUUUUUGUUUGUUUGUUUGAGACAGGGUUUCUCUGUGUAAACUUGGCUGUUGUGGAACUUGCUCUUUAGACCUGGCUGGUCUCAGAUUACAGAGAUCCACCUGCUCCUGCCUCCUGAGUGCUGAGACGUUCCACCCAGGAGUGAAGGAUGCCACUCUGGGUGUUCUUUGUGAUCCUCACCCUCACCAGUGGCUCCCACUGCUCACUGCCCACCUCACUGCCCUUCAGGAUGAGGCGAUAUGCAGACGCCAUCUUCACCAACAGCUACAGGAAAGUUCUGGGCCAGCUAUCUGCCCGCAAACUGCUCCAGGACAUCAUGAGCAGGCAGCAGGGGGAGAGGAACCAGGAAGGAACCAGAAUACGGCCUGGCCGACAGGUGGACAGCAUGUGGGUGGACCACAGGCAGGUGGCGCUGGAGAGCCUCUUGGUAGCCCUGCUGCAGAAGCACAGCAGGAAUUCCCAAGGAUGAAGCUUUCAGCAGAGGCUUGGGCCACCCACACCCCAAACAACUGGACCCAGUUACUUCCAUUUCAGUUUUGACUUGAUCCUUUCUCUGUAAAUACAAUAAAAUUCCCUA